AUCAGCAUCCUCUUUUGAAUCCUCCAUUUGUGUUUGGACCCUCCAUCCAUCAGUCCUUUCACUUUCGCAAGAACAACAGCCAAAAAGCAGAAGGAGAAAGCCACUCUACACUGAAAACCCACCGUAUUCAAACAUUCUUACUGAUCUCUCUCUCUCUCUCUCUCUCUCUCUCACCAUUGUUUUUGCCAAUGGUGAAGAGUGAGCCGGAGCCAUCCAUGCCAUCAUCCAAUGCAUUGAGGAAGAAGUACAAGGGAGUGAGGAUGAGAAGCUGGGGCUCCUGGGUCUCCGAGAUAAGAGCGCCGAACCAGAAGACAAGGAUUUGGCUGGGCUCUUAUUCCACCGCCGAGGCGGCGGCCAGAGCCUAUGAUGCUGCUCUCCUCUGCAUCAAGGGCUCUUCCGCCACUUUGAACUUCCCUCUCUCCUCCUCACACCACCAUGUCCCACCCAAUGCCUCCAUGUCCCCCAAGUCCAUCCAGCGAGUCGCCGCCGCCGCCGCCGCCGCUGCAAAUGGUGGUGGUGCUGACCAUAAUGUCGCUGUCGCCGCUGCUGCCACCCCUCCCUCAUUUGUCUCUUCCCCCUCCAUGUGUUCCUCGCCGACGGAUCAGCCGGACGACGAAGUGUUGCUCGCGCAAUGCGUCGGGGCGUACCCUCCUAGCGAAUCGAUGGACAUGAUGGAUUUCUGGUGCAACUAUGAUGCCCUCCAAUCGCCCAAGUACGUGGAUCAAGUAAUGUACAAUAACAUCGCCGCGGCGUCGUUUGGUCCUCCCACGGUUGAGGAGCUCUUGGAAGAAGCUGAAGAAAUCCGGCUAUGGAGCUUCUGUUGAUAUAAAAUUUUUUUUUACCAUUCAUAGUAAGUUUUUAUUAUUAUUCCAAAGGGGAAAUUACUGAUGAUAUUGACCAAAAUAAUAUGUUGUGUAAGGGUUAUUUUUGAGGGUUUAACUAGCUAGGCGGAGAAGCCCACAUGGGGAUAGACAUCUUUUUGGACUCCCUCAUGUGAGUAUCUCUAGAUUGUAUUCGUUUUUUAUUACUUGAUGUAUCAUUUUCUGCCAA